AAGGAAUCUCGACGUCUUUGAACCACUAUUUAGGCCCCAUUUCUGCUUUCAUUCCUGGAUAUAAAAGAAUUGAACCCUUGAUCUUGUUUUCUCUAAAAGAUAAUCAGGGCUGUUGUAGUUGCAACACACAUGUUUGUCAAAAAAUAGGGUAGAGGCGGAGCGCACCACCGGGAGAAAGCAGGCUGGAUCCCGAGGCGUCUAGUUAAAGCACCUUGUGUCUCAGCGGGCGGGGCGGGGACCUCUCAGCCCAACCUUUGGAGUCAUCACCUUCCACCGCGCGUGCUUCCGACAUCAUGAGGGUCCCACGUCUGGCGGGAGUGGAAACAAAAACAGCCCGCCCUAACUCCGAGCCGCAGGAGGCGGGCACAGCAGCUGGGAGGCGGCCCGCCGCCCGCCAAUGGCUGGGGGAAGAGCCGAGGGGCGAGAGGGGUCCUUCGCUCCCGCACAGCGUCACGGCGCAGGCCCCGCCCCUCCGCCGGCAGCGCUGGGCGCCGGGCGGGUAAGUCAGCCUCCGAGCGGACGCCGAGCAGGGUCUGCCAUAAUGCUGCUGCUGCACAGAACUGUGGUCCUAGGCCUCCGCCAGGCCUACAGACUCAAGUCAACCCCCUCAAGUCUCUGCAUUCGGGCCUGCUCUACAGAUGAUUCAUUUCAGCCACAGUGCUCCAGCCUCGCCUUCUCUGGUGAUAAGUCCAGCACCAGGGGAUGGAGAGUCAUGGGGACCCUGCUAGGCCUUGGUGCAGUGUUGGCCUAUCAUGACCACCGGUGCAGGGCUGCUCAGGAGUCACCACGCAUAUACACAAGGGAGGAAGUGAGAUCCCACAGCAGCCCUGAGGCUGGGAUCUGGGUGACUUUUGGCUCUGAGGUCUUUGAUGUCACAGAAUUUGUGGACCUACACCCAGGGGGGCCCUCAAAGCUGAUGCUAGCAGCUGGGGGUCCUCUAGAGCCCUUCUGGGCCCUCUAUGCUGUUCAUAACCAGUCCCACGUACGAGAGAUACUGGCUCAGUACAAGAUUGGGGAGCUGAGCCCCGACGACGAGGCAGCCUCCAUCAUGAAGACGUCUGACCCUUACGCUGAUGAUCCUAUACGUCACCCAGCCCUGAAGGUCAACAGCCAGCGCCCCUUUAAUGCAGAGCCCCCCCCUGAGCUGCUGACAGAAAACUACAUCACACCCAACCCUAUCUUCUUCACCCGAAAUCAUUUGCCUGUACCUAACCUGGACCCAGACACCUAUCGCCUACAUGUAGUAGGACCACCUGGGGGUCAGUCACUGUGCCUAUCCCUGGAUGACUUGUACCAGUUCCCCAAGCAUGAGAUCACGGUCACUCUGCAGUGUGCUGGCAACCGGCGUUCUGAGAUGACUCGGUUCAAAGAAGUAAAAGGUCUGGAGUGGAGUGCAGGGGCCAUUAGCACCGCACGCUGGGCUGGGGCACGGCUCUGUGAUGUGUUAGCUCAGGCUGGCCACCAGCUCUCUGAAACUGAGGCCCACGUCUGCUUUGAGGGACUGGACUCAGACCCAACAGGGGCUGCCUAUGGAGCAUCCAUCCCUCUGGCUCGGGCCAUGGACCCUGAAGCUGAGGUCCUGUUGGCAUAUGAGAUGAAUGGGCAGCCUCUGCCUCGUGACCAUGGCUUCCCUGUGCGGGUGGUGGUUCCUGGUGUGGUGGGUGCCCGCCAUGUCAAAUGGCUGGGCAAAGUGAGUGUGGAACCAGAGGAAAGUUACAGCCACUGGCAGCGGCGGGAUUACAAAGGCUUCUCUCCAUCUGUGGACUGGGACACUGUAGAUUUUGACUCGGCUCCAUCUAUUCAGGAACUUCCUGUCCAGUCAGCCAUCACACAGCCCAAAGAUGGGGAGACAAUAGAAUCAGGGGAGGUGACUGUCAAAGGCUAUGCAUGGAGUGGUGGAGGAAGAGCUGUGGUCAGGGUGGAUGUGUCUCUGGAUGGGGGCCUAACCUGGCAGGUAGCUGAGCUGGAUGGAGAGGAACAGCAUGCCCGAAAGGCCUGGGCCUGGCGGCUGUGGCAGCUGCAAGCCCCUGUGCCGGCUGGGAAAAAGGAACUGAACAUCGUCUGUAAGGCUGUAGAUGACAGCUACAAUGUGCAGCCAGACACGGUGGCCCCAAUCUGGAACCUGCGAGGCGUGCUCAACAAUGCCUGGCACCGUAUCCACGUCCAUGUUGCCCCAUGAGAAGAUGAAAUGGAACCAUCUACUCUCCAGAAACACCUUCUGAGCCCCUUUUCACACCUACCCUUUGACCUCAUUACCACAAAAAAAUCUUUCUUUCCACCUCUCCAUGUCUUGGAUCACAACCCUGACUAUGCCUUCCGAAGCCACACACAGGUACAUGCAUUGCACGUUUCCACCCAGGCACCCACCCGCCUUUGACACUUACAUUCCCCUCCUGGACACAGACCCUGUGCCUUCAAGGAGGUAAGAGCUGUCGGAGCAGAGGGCUAGAAGUAGGGAAAGUAAUUCUGGAAAUAAGCACUAUUUUCUCUACCUACCCUAUCUCCAUUUCUAAUGACUGUCACCACUGAGGCUUUAUUUUGCUUUUCUUCUUGGAUUCUUCAGAGAAUGUGUGAAGAUAUAUGUAAGAAAAUUGUAUACGCAACUUUUUACUGCCUGUCUAGGUUGCCAGGGGUUGUGAAGGGUGCAACCCUCUCCCUUUAUAGUUCCACUUUUCUAAAUAUGUCAAUAAAAUAUCUGUUUAGACUACCA